AGAUGUUACAUGGGUGAAAUCAAACUAAGCAGUGAUGAGUUUCUUCAUAUGAUGCUUGUUGAUGGCUCUUUCAUCAUUCAACUCUUGAGGGACUUAUCAAAGAACAAUUUCGACGAAGUCCCUUCUCUUAGUAGAUGGAACAAUGUCGAACAAGUCCCUUAUCUUAGUAGAUGGAUGCUACCCACCAUUCGUCGUGAGUUGAUAAUGCUUGAAAACCAGCUUCCUUUGUUUGUUUUGAACAAAUUGUUUGAAUUGACAGAUAACACUCUUGUUCCUUCACAACCAUGUAUGAGUCUGAAUGAUCUUGCCUUCAAAUUCUUCUACCGUUUGCUUCAAUCAGACAAAAGCCCAGAAUGCAAGAAAGAUUAUGAGUUCGAAAUAAAGCACGUUCUCGAUCUUCUAAGAUCCAACAUUCGGUUCAAGUCCGGGGGAAAAGAUAAAAGAGGAAAUCAGAAACAAAUGAUUCGUUCUAUAACAGAGCUAACAGAGGCUGGUGUGAAAAUCAAGGCAGCUGAUAAGAAUCAGGAACUGCUUGAUAUAAGCUUUGAGAAAAAGUGGGGAGUGGUAAUGAGGGAACUCACUAUCCCUCGUUUGCACAUAAGUGAUCACAGAGGGACUGUGUUUCGUAACAUGGUAGCCUUUGAGAAGUGUCACAAGAGAUGUUACCCUGAUGUGACAACUUACAUGUUCUUCUUCAAUAGGCUAAUUAACUCAGCAAAUGAUGUGGCUAUUCUUCAUUAUAAAGAUGUGCUUCACCAUUCCUUAGGGAAUGAUCAACAUGUGGCUGAACUAAUCAACGACAUCACGAAAGAAAUAGUUCCUGAUAUGAAUGAGUCCUACUUGCACAAAGUGGUGAAUGAGGCAAAUGAGUACUUUGGUACAAGGUAUGCAAAAUCAAGAGCUUCUUUAGUGCGUCACUAUUUAACUAGCUGGACUGUGGGCAUAUCAACACUUGGUGCGAUCUUGGCACUUUAUUUCACCUUCUUACAAACAAUUUGUGGAUUUGCGGAUGCGUUAAAAAAGAAUUCAUUGCAGAGUCCAACGUUUGGUUCAAUCAUCAAAGAAGCAUUUGUUCUGCCAUUUCGGGAUGGAUUAAAUUCAUUGGCGAGCAAAACGUUUCGUUUUCGUCACACUCGUAAACCAUGA